AUGUCUACAACCGAAGCUUCGAUCUUCAUAACUCCGCGGUAUAUUUUCCCUAUCAUAGCAGGGGGAUCUCUCAUUCUGAUUGUUCCGGUCACGUGCGCGGCAAUACGAACACGACAUGUGCAGUUCGCUUUGAAAUGCCAUUAUUUGCUUGCGGUAGUAGCCACAUCUACCCUUGGAUAUCAUCUCCUGAAACAACAAUCUCUGUAUCGUUGGGUCUUAUUAGGUGCUCUCUGCCUCUGGGCUGUGACAAGUCUCACCGUCUCUAUAUCCACUGUGUGGUCUCGGAAGCCAUGGCGACACGAUAGACAAGAAGUGUCUAUGAACGCAUCUAAUGGUCUUCUUUGGCUUGAAGUUGAUCUACCUCCUACUUGGGCUGUACAACCUGGUCAAUAUGUGCAGCUCUGGAUGCCAAGUGCCGGCAUUCGCGCCGGUCUGCAACUGCCCAUCUUCUAUGUGGCAGUAUGCAAAAAGGAUGGCGCGUAUAAGAUCGCACGGAUGGUGGCUCGUUCCCGCUCUGGUAUUAUUCGAAAGCUUUACGACAGGAAUCUCGCUUCUCCACGCGUCAAUCGAAUCCCAGUCACUGUGCUCGGACCAUAUGGGCGCCCGGAAAACCUGCUCCGGUUCGGGACCGUUGUGUUAGUCGUAGAGGACGUUGGCUUUUUUCGAGCUCUCUCGUACAUAGAGAUGUUAGUCAAGGCUAGCGUGCAACGGAAAGCGCUGGUACGGAAACUGGAGAUUUUGUGGCAAGAUGACGGGGAAUCGAGUGAGUCGUCGACUUGUGUUCCUAAGUGGUCGCUUGGUAUAUCUGCUGACUUGGGGUUGGAGACUAUCCGCCAUGGGUGA